AGCUGAUAGAUCUCAGCCGUAGCGAUAAACGUAAAACCCACAAAGGCGCUCUCUCUCUCGCUCUCUCACUCUCUCACAUCCGCAGACACACAUUCAAAACCGGAUCUAACCCUAAUUUUAGCGAGAAAGAGUCUCCAAUUCUCACCAUGGACGAAGAUCUCCCAUACAACAUGAAAAAUAUAUUGGUCUUGUGGAACUUGGAUGACUACCCAAUCCCUCCUGGUACCGAUCUUGGUCGUAUUCGUAGUAAUAUCGAAGAUGCGCUUUAUGAAAUUGGCUAUUGGGGGCUGCCGGUUAUCGAGGUGUAUGCUGAGAAAUCCUCCGAAGAGGACUGGUUUAAGGCCGGGUUCACCUACCGCGCACGAGAAACUUCAAGAGAUGACAGCACUUGGGAAUAUGACAAGUCGGCUGUUUUCAGAAUGCCUUUCUCAAUGGUUUCUCAGGCUAAUUCUCGUCCUCCAAUAAACUUUUUCCUCAUCGCAAAACAAAACACAGACAGCGAGUUGUACAGGGUUCAGCGGUGUUUGCACUCGAGAAAACACCAUGUUCUCGUACUCGUUGACGACGACACUGCAGCAUCACAAGAAAGUAGUCCAUUGCUCUCUGUACAAUCACUAGUUGCUCGUACACAGUUUUUUGGUGGAGUAAAGCCCCCUAGACUGACGGAAAAGUUGCCACAAAGCAUCGAUUCUGAUGAUGUCUACAGUGAAAUGACGAUGGAAGAUUUCUACAAGCGUAUCACUGUCACACCCGUCAAUGGAAAUAAGGCAGCCUUCUUCUGGGACCUCUCGGUUUGCCCAUUCCCUGAUUGUUCCGAUCCUGAUAUGAUCUAUGGCAAAAUCAAGAAAGCUAUUGUUGAUAGGGGUUGUGUUGGUGAGUUGUCAAUCUGGGCUUAUGUUGAUGACCGCAAUGGGUCUUCUUCUUGCAGUGGUAACUGUCUGAGUAACAAGACGUGGAAAUCCAGAAUCUACUUCCUUCCCGGAGGGGCCUCGAUACUUAAUAGAAUGUUAAAUGACAUUCAUUUAUGGGCACUGGACUCUCCCCGGGAUGAGCCUGAGCCUCAUUCAGCAAAUCUGGUCGUAGUCUCUGAUAAAGUCAGAGAGAACGUCUUAUUCUCGUUUAUAACAAAAACUUUUCAUGACGCCGAUUUCCAUGUUCUCUUAGCAACUCCGUCUCAGGGCGGCAACAAUACAGAAGACCCUGAUUGGCCAGGAUUGCUAAUUGAUGAAGGUCUCACUUUUGGCCCUUGCGAAAGUGAAAUCUUAGAACCAGCUGCCAAAAAGCAUAAAGAAACACAUGAGGGCUCGGGGCCCAGGGCCUGCCCUAAGGGCAUGUUUAUUGGUAGAAACUCAAAUGAGUUUCUAGUGAAUAUUUUAGUAAUAAAUUCAAAUUAAGAAAUUUAUUAAGAAAUUUGGUGUUUUAUGAGUUACAUUGGGAGAAACUCUAGUUCUUAAAAAAAAGCUUUGGAACAAGACACAUGUAUUGGGAUGCUUAAUCUAGUUGAUUCAAAUUGAAGAUCGA